AAUAUUAAUACUAAUACAGAGCCAAGAGUUCCUUCACAGUCAUUGUGGUUGUCGUACGAUAACCGCAAACAAACUGACAAUGAAGAAAGUUUGCGGUACGAAAUACAAGAAUCGGCAGAAAAACGAAUGUCGCUAAAAGAACAAUGGCUAAAGGAAAACAAACUAAUAACAUCCGAGCUUUUGUUACCCAAAACAAUGCACCUAAAAACACCUCCUCCGGUCAGAUCAACUCAAGACGUCGGACAAUUUCAUAAUAAAGCUAUUUCUCAGGAUAAAUUUAUUGCAGACCCAAAAUCCUCAAAACCAUCCCCUUUGUUAAAUCCACAAGUAUCCUCUCCAUCUUAUGCGCUUGCGUACAUUCAUGAAAACUCUAAAUCAAACAAGCAGGGGUCCGUACUUCCCCUAAGUCAAGCUUUAACAUCAACAAUGAAGGAACAACAGUCAAGUAUAAAAUACAAAUAUUCAUCAAGCUCAGCUGGGUCUUCGUUGAACCCUCAAAAUGUUACAUCAUCACAAUCACUGAUAUCAACCUUUCCGAAUGUAAUAACGAACCGAGAAAAGGGCAUAGUUGAGAAAGAAAACGAAAAACUGGAUUUUCACGGCGAAACACUUGAAUCACAAAAACGUUUUCAAAUGAAACAUCCAAGUGAAUUCCAAAACGAAGAAACUCUUGAUAAAUCAUGUGAAAAUAAAGAAAAGAAAAAUGAAAAGAGCGAAGAGUAUUCUGACAAGCAAAGUUGUAAGUUCUUUCAAUCGAACAGUAAACCAUCUCGAAUACCCAUCCUUACUCAAAGAUCGUCGUCGGCCGAAGGAUUUUAUAGAAAUAAACGAGUAGAUUUGAAAAAAUCAAUGAGUAUUGGUACAAGUGUUUCUAGAAGUGGAGACAGGUACGCAGAUAUGUUUGUUUCCCAAAUUAAAACUGGUAAAGCAAGGGAACGACAAGUACCAAUAAAUUCGCCGGUCUACACUAAUGCGACUAGUAUGAGUGGCUGCAAACUCAAAACUGAUAAUGCUUGUACAGGGACGACGUUGUCAACUAAUAAAACGGUUGUUUCUUCACUAGCUAUGAAUGUGUUGCCUCCUUCAGAAAACAGUAUAAAAUCCAUUACAAGUACGUCUACUAUUUCCUCUGAUACUACAAUACAUACUAUUGACAAAACCUAUGCAAAAGAUCAGGUAUCUUCACUUACAGAUCCAGCCGUAUCAUCUACUAAUCAUAGCAGCGGUGCAAGUGAAAUUAUUAACCUGAAUAGCAAAGGUUCUGCUAGUGCCAUUAAUGUCUCUGCUAGUAGCAGAAGUGCCGGUACCGCAGAUGGGAAAUGCCACUAUUACGACGGUAGCAACAGCCACUGCCAACAGUCAGUCAAUAGGACAUAUAAGCUAAUACACAGAUCACAAUCUGGCAACGACAGCCUCUGCAAAGCGGCUCUACUUCACGCUUCUAACGACAGCGAAAGGAGAAGUGAUGUGUCUAUUGUUGACAGUAGCACGGUUGACUUGCAUGGAGCUAUUGAUGUCGCUGGCAGUGGAAGCUAUGCGCAAGCAGAAAUUGUUGCAACUGCAACGAAACCAACACGAGGAGCGGAGAGAAGGGAAAACAAAAGGUUAGAAGAGAAUAGGAAUGUAAUUCAAAAACAAUAUGUGCAAACUUCAGCGACAACACAAUCCUAUCAACCACUUGUUACUAAUGUUACCACUCAGCAGACUAUCGGAGGAGGUUACCAACAGACAAUUAAAAAAACAGAGCAACAUAAAUAUCAACAAAAACAACUAAUUCUGCAACAGAACACGUCAUGUUUACGAUCAUCAGCAUCGUCAAACAGGGAGUUGGCAUCUAGUUGUAUCAAAGGACAAGAUGGUGUUUAUUUUGAGCCUGGAACAUUUAAUAAAACAGAUAUAGAACAAAGAGAUUUUAAUAGUAUUAACAACAGAAGAAUCAACAUCAGUAACAAUGGAACUGAUUAUACAAAUGUAUACUCCCGGGAGAGGCAGCAAGGGGCAAAAUCAAUCACAUCCACUGAUGGUACCGAUUCAUUGGAGCGGUCCUGGAACCUUGAUAAUGGCCAGAAUUUAAGUUCCACUCAAGAAACGAGUGAUGUCCGAAAUCCGAGGUAUAAGUCACCAGAAUUAAAGAAAACUAAGAAUAAUCUCAGUGAAGAUAAAUGUCAACACAGUCAACCGGAUCAAAUUAGCCGAAAGACUGCAGAGCCAAGUAAUUACCCAUUAGUUUGUACUGUUUAUACUGCCGAUGGUCUGGAAACCAUUCCGAUAUAUCCGUAUUAUAUUAGUAACAGUACUGACGGCGGAGACUCGAACUAUCAGGACAACUACUCAAGUAGCUAUCAUUUUAAUGUGGGAGAUUCGAAACAUACAGCUUCGUCGAAAAUAGCUUUUACAAAAUUAGUGGACUGUACAGAGGCUUCGUCCCAGACCGAAACCACAUCUCCAGCAAUUAGUCAAGUAUCGUCGAUUAGUUCAACAGCUGGUACAUCAUCGAGAGCGGUGACAGUUUUAGCAGCAUCUGCAUUAGCAACCACCUCUUUAGCCGCUGCUACAUCAGCCAGACGAACUAAAGCGUGUGCUGAAAAGAAGAAAAAACUACAAGAAACUAUUCAACCAUGUUCCGGUAAAAUCACAACAAACCAAGGCGAUGUGCGCUAUAGCAACAGAACAGCAUACCAGGUUUUCCAUCCUGACAACAGCUCCAGUCACUUACCUACUACUGUAGCAUACGACUCUUGUCAGAACUUUCACAAUGAUAGCUGCUGGCCUGUAACCCACGUAGCUAAGAGUCAGGGCUUAAGUCACGCAGGGAAUGCACCAGCCUUAGCAACUUACCGAACGAAGGAAUCCAGUGAAGCCAUACCAAAUAUUGUUUUGCCGAAAACAGUGUCUAAGGCAGACCACGUUGCUAGAAGUAAUCGACGAAUUAGCUCAGCACCUUUACAACAUCAAGAGACACCUUUAAUUGCAUCAGGUCAUCAAAAUUAUUCUAAUGUAUAUGCAUACCCUCCUCCCCCACCCUAUCCUCCCCCUCCUCUUCCGCUACCUUCUUCUCAGCAUCCCUGCGCUUGCUCUCAUCAAUGUUUACAACCGUCGCGGCAAUCGUGUUUACGGUUUAACAACAACGUUGACACAAACACAUUAAAUGCCCCGUUGUUGUCUAACACUAGCACGACUAUAGCAGCAGCUACUAAUAUUACGUCUACGACUACACUUUCUGCUGGGGAUCUACUCAAAACAAACUGUCAAAUAGAAACCGGAGACGAUGGAUUUACUUCGAUAUCUAACCAUGGAAGACGAAUGAAAAUAAGUAAUCAUAAUAAUAAUAAUAAUAAUAAUAGUAAUAAUAAUAAUAAUAAUAAUCCAAACAGAUUUUGCAACGAUAACUGGCAAAGCGCCUAUAGCGAUUCCCAAAAGAUGUCAUCGUCCCGAAAGCCCCCACGACGAACUCGAGUAAUGGAUCCACCUGUAAACUUUCACAAUCGACGAGACAGGUCGUUUGGGUUUUUAUCAUUUCGUCUUGGAGGAACAGAGAAGAAUUUCAGGAGUGCAAGUAAUGAAGAAAAUGAGCUUCUAAGUGCCGGUGCAAUAAAAAUGUCAGAACGUCCAUUCAGCAGGUCAGAGUCACGAACUACAGACUCAGAUGAUGAUGACCUCAUGGAAGACUAUGAUGUUACCAUCUUCAAUCCCCAAUGUGUCAGAAACCGCAGUGCCCUGGAAAAAUUUCUUGCAGUAAUACUGGUGCUUUUCUUGGUUGUGAUUAUUGCUCUUGCUGUUGCACUGGUUCGGUCAAAAGAGCCACCUGAUGACCCUUACUGUUCGAGCCCAGAAUGCAUUUCAGCUGCAGGAUCAAUAUUAACUGCAAUGGAUACUACUGUAGAUCCAUGCCACGAUUUUUAUCAAUACACAUGUGGGAAUUGGGUGAGAGACAACCCAAUACCGGAAAACUAUGCCAGUUGGGAUCGAUUUCAAGAACUUUCAGAAAAAAAUCUAUAUCGUUUGAAAGGUCUUUUAGAAAAUUUACAGUUGAUCGGGCCUCUAGAACAAAAAGUAAAAAACUUUUAUAAUUCCUGCCUUUUGGAGAGUGAUGGCUUCAAACAAGAUAUCCGGAAAAAAACACUUGACUCUUUGAAAAAACUUAUCCAUAAAGUUGGUGGCUGGAGUUUUAAAAAUGCCACCAACAGUACAAUUUUAUAUCCUGAGUGGACAUUUGAGUCUGUUUUACUUGAGAUACAUCUCCUGGACAUAUGGCCUCUAUUUCGAAUCACAGUUGAUGUUGAUGAAAUGGAUCUGUCAAGGAAUAUAUUCAAGAUUGGAAUUGGGAGUAAUUUCCUUGAUUCACACAGACAUCCAUUAUCAAGCAAUCAAGGCAAUGAAACAUCACUCCACGGGCAGCUAUAUGCUCAGUAUUUAAAAGAAUCUUUUGACCGCUAUCUAAAGGAAACAAUUAGAAUAAUGGAACUUUUUAUUGGGAAGUCGGUUAAUGUCAGCAAGAUGGCAUAUGAAGUCAGCAUUAUGGAAAAGACUCUUGUUCAGAUGAAAUCUCUAACAGCAACAGAAAGUUACAAUGUGUCAACUAUCCAUGAUCUGCUUAUACGGUAUCCAGCGAUAAACUGGAUUAAAUAUUUCCAAAGUCUUGCAACAAUUCGUAAUAUCAAGAUACAAAAUUCUGACCGGGUGGCCAUUUUAUAUCCUGAUUACCUAAGCCACCUUUCAGUCUUCUUAAAUGAUGUUAAAAGCAACAUUACAAAAGCUGAAACAUUACAGAAUUAUCUAAUUGUCACACUAAUGCGGUCAAUGUUACCAUUUUUCCAAGAAAGUAAUUUAGAAGAAGAUGAAAAGGAUUCUCGUAAACCAUUGGACAACUGGAAACGAUGUAUUUUCUAUACAAACAAAGCAUUGGGUUUUGCCACUGGUGCCAUCUAUGUAAAGGCAGCAACAAAAGGGAGAGAAAUCCAUGACAAAAUUGAAAACUUAAUUAAAUAUAUCAAGGAGGCAUUUAAAGCCUACAUCCUGAGAAAGUUCUGGAUGGACAAGUAUACAAAAGCUGCGGCGGCUGCAAAACUGGAUUCUAUGAUAGAGAAAGUCAGUUACCCUUCAUUCAUGCUCAAUACUACAUUUCUUAAUAACUAUUAUAAACAGUUUGAUGUUUUGGAAUCAAGUUGGUUUACUAAUUUAAUAAGCUGGAAAAAAUUUGAUUUAGAAAAGAUGAUAGCACAACUAAUAGAAAAACCUGACAGACGGAGAUGGAUAUCUCCACCAGUCACAGUCAGCCCUUUCUAUUCACCAAUUAGAAAUGAGCUUUUCUUCCCUAUGGCGCUUUUUCAUCUACCAUUUUUCUCGGAAGAAGGGCCACAAUCUCUGAACUUUGGUGCCAUAGGAUCAGUUAUAGGACAUGAAAUAACACAUGCAUUUGGCAUCAGGGGAAUGCAUUAUGAUGGAAAUGGACAGUUACGCAACUGGUGGAAUCCAGACACUGCUAAAAAGUUUAACAUCACAACACAAUGUGUUCGGAAAACUUACAGUUCAUAUCAAGUGGAUCAUUUGUAUGUUGAUGGCGAGGUGACACUUGAUGAAAAUAUAGCUGACAAUGGAGGUUUACGUGCUGCCUAUGUUGCUUACCUUCUCUGGACAGAAGAAAAUGGAAUUGAAAAACCUCUUCCAGGACUAGAUUUGACACCAACACAGUUAUUUUAUGUCAGCUUUGCCCAAAUGUAUUGUUCAGCAUGGACAAAAGAAGGACUCAAACAUCACUUGCUGACUGACCAUUUUGCUCCUGGUAAAGCAAGAGUAAUUGGUGCUAUCUCAAACUCCAGGGCUUUCUCAUCAGUCUUUGACUGCCCAUUUACAUCUGCUAUGAACCCAUCAACCAAAUGUGAAGUAUGGUGAAGAAAUGAUUCUGUGAUGAUUAAUUAAAAAACAAAAACUAAUCAGCCAGCUAAAUUGACUGAGGAAUACACAACAAAAACUUUUGUUACAAGGGUUCAUCAGGAAACGGAAAUAAG